AUGGCUGCUAUGAUCGUGAGUGCGACCCUCGCUUCUCAGCAAGUCGUGCGACUUCUCCUGAAGCAACGCACCUCGCAGCGUAGACGACGCAAAUUGCUGACCAGCCAUCAGAUCAAAGCUCGUCUUUCGCGCUGUCGGCCUUCGGAAUAGCUCUUGCCGGUCCACUCUACUCCUUGAGCACAAGUCGGGUGGAGGAUGUGGUCAGUGGAGUCGCAAGUGGGCAGCUGAGCUGUGCGUGGACCAUUUCGUCGAACUCGGUAGCUGAGCAGCGGUAGCGGAGAGGCGAAUACCGGCUUAGGUGAGCGAGGCCGAGCGAGCACAUGAGAAUGAUAUCUGGGGACAGGUGGUCUACUCAGAGGUGGGGCUGGCUGAGCUGUGUCUUGGCAUGUGUGGGUGCUCUACAUGUAACCGCACGACACUUGUCACGCCAGCGGAACUCGAUUCGGUGUUCUGCAGAGAGUCACCGCAAUAGCGCUCACCACUUGCACCUAUUCCGCGACCCCAGGUCGGACUCACAGCUGCCCCGAGGCUCGGCCGAUACUAGAAUGCGCUUCCAGUGAGGUAGUCAGGAGGCUUUUUCCGCUCUGCUGUCACUUUUGCAGAUGCCGCAACCAGUGUGCUCUCUCUCGCCCCGGCUUCAGCCGAUGUUAGCUCAGGGCUACACGCGGUGCUGGACAACGCGGAGCGGCAGCAAGAUAGUCUUGGGUACUUCGGUGCUGCAAGUUGAUUGGUCUCAAGGCACCACUGCUUUUGUUCUUUUCGCGCAGAAGAGUGAGCUCUGGCCGUCACCUGAGUUGGAUCGCAUACCUUAAGUAGCUCACCAUCGGUCACCCACUCGAUCAGCGCUCACGCGGCCAUAG